AUGGUAUUGCAGCGCUUGAGGGAGCAGAAGUUGUAUGCGAAGUUUAGCAAGUGUGCUUUCUGGUUGCAGAAAGUUGGAUUUCUGUGCCAUGUGAUUUCGUCUCAGGGUGUACAAGUGGAUCCGGCAAAGAUUGAGGCUGUGAUGGAGUGGAAGACGCCUACCAAUGCCACGGAGAUCCGCAGUUUCUUGGGACUGGCAGGGUACUACAGGAGAUUUGUCGAGGGUUUCGCCAAGUUGGCAAAACCAAUGACCAAGUUGACAGGGAAGAAUGUGUGGUCUGAUUGGACACCGGAGUGUGAAGCGAGCUUCGCAGAGCUCAAGAGACGACUCACGACCGCACCCAUACUGGCAUUACCAUGGCCAGGUAUUCUCUUUGAGGUUUAUACCGAUGCGUCGAGACAAGGCUUGGGUUGCGUAUUGAUGCAGGAAGGACAUGUGAUUGCAUACGCAUCCCGACAGCUGAGGAAACAUGAGGAGAAUUAUCCGACGCACGAUUUGGAGCUGGCAGUAGUGGUACAUGCGUUGAAGGUUGACCCGAAGGAUUGGACCGAAAUGAGCGAGAAAAACGGGCGGAAAAUUGGUCAGACUGUCCGGUCUGGGAAGCAGACCGUCCGGUCUGCCUAG